AUGAUCGCGUUUCUUUUUUUCGAAAACUUAAUGUGCCAGUUAGCACUUCUAGCGUUUUUUCUGCCUGCUUUUUCUCGCUUUUGGGGAAAUCGCCUGCUUUUUUUCCUUCGGGAGAAUUUGCUUGCGGUCUUGUCUUCUGUCUGGCUCUUUGUUGUUGGUAGUCGCCGACCAUACCAAAGUCCACCAGUCCCAAUUGGUGAUGUCUUCGUCUUGGUAGAUGGUGUAAUUACGCCAAUCAGCCUCAUCAACCAAACUGAAGCUGUUUCUUCCGCUUCCUCCCCGCCUCCUGCUCCUGUGGCUGCUCCUGUUUCUUUCGGCUUUUUACCUCCUGUCGUUGAAACAAGUCGAGCUUGGUCUUUUGUGCCCCUUCCUCCUCCUGUAGCAACACAACCACCACCUUGUUACAGCUUGGAUUGUGCUUGUGUCGCUGGCCUUCCUUGUCUUGGCCAAGGAUUGCUUCCGGAGUCGGUUGCUCUCCCGCGCCACAAUCAGUUUGGCACCUCUUUGUCGUUGUUUUCUGCCGUGUGGCAAAACGAAGUUUCCUCUGGUUCUGUCGGUGGUGCGCCCAUUGGUCAGUUGGGCUCUCGUCGUGAGACCUCUCUUCCUUUGGCCCAUUGUGAGGGUACCUUGGAUUCUGUUUUGUCGUUGGCGUCGCCUCGUGCGGACAACUCUUCUUUUGCGGUUUCUUCCCCUUCUGGGGAUAACGCACUCCCAGCGGUUUCUUUCCCUUCGGGGGAUAACGCUGUUGAAACGGUUUCUUCUCCUUUUGGGGAUAACGUUUCCUUUGCGGUUUCUUCCCCUUCUGGGGAUAACGCAAUCCCAGCGGUUUCUUUCCCUUCGGGGGAUAACGCAAUCCCAGCGGUUUCUUUCCCUUCGGGGGAUAACGCUGUUGAAGCGGUUUCUUCUCCUUUUGGAGAUAACGCUUCCUUUGCGGUUUCUUCCCCUUCUGGGGAUAACGCACUCCCAGCGGUUUCUUUCCCUUCGGGGGAUAACGCUGUCGAAACGGUUUCUUCUCCUUUUGGAGAUAACGUUUUCUUUGCGGUUUCUUCCCCUUCCGGGGAUAACGCAAUCCCAGCGGUUUCUUUCCCUUCGGGGGAUAACGCUGCUGAAACGGUUUCUUCUCCUUUUGGAGAUAACGUUUCCCUUGCGGUUUCUUCCUCUUCUGGGGAUAACGCAAUCCCAGCGGUUUCUUUCCCUUCGGGGGAUAACGCUGUUGAAACGGUUUCUUCUCCUUUUGGAGAUAACGUUUCCCUUGCGGUUUCUUCCCCUUCUGGGGAUAACGCAAUCCCGGCCGUUCCUUCUUUGAUGGAGGAUAUUGCUUACUUCUUGUUGUCUUCCUCCGUGGAAAAUGACAAUGAACUAGCGGUUUCUUCCCCUUUUGGGGAUAACGCUAUCACGGCCAAUCCUUCUUUGAUGGAGGAUAUUGCAUCCUUCCUGGUGUCUUCUUCUGUGGAAGAUGACGUUGAGCCAGCGGUUUCUUCCCCCAAUGGGGAUAACGCUUUGCCUUCCGUCGUUGGUGGUGCGUCGGUUGGUCUUGGUUCUUUUGGAGAUGCAACCCUCUCUCCUGUCUCUUUUGCGGGUCUGGCCUUGCCAGAGAUUGAUUCCCUUUCGCCCGUUGUUGUGCCCGUUCCUUCCCCGUCGGUAUCACCUGGUGUAUCGGCGUUGGAGGUGUUGGACCCUGUCCCGCCCUCCCCUACCUUAACGUCUGGGAAUUUGGAAUCGCCUGUUCUUUUUCCUCGUCUUUCUCCCCGGCUCUCUUUGGCUGGUGCUGUUUCUGAGGAGUUGCGCUCUCCCUCUCUCUCACCUCUCCUCAACACGGGGAAUCUCGCUUCGCCUGUUCUUCGUCCUCUUCCUUCCUUCCGGGAGUUAGUGGCCGCCGCUCCCCCGCCAGAGACGUUGAAUCUUCUUCCGAAGACACCGGUGUGGUCUCCUGUUGCCUCUCUUUCUGCUGAGGUAGAUCCACAGGUAGGAGAAAAACGAAGAUCCCGUUCUCCUUUGCCUCCUUUUUCUCCCCGUCGUCGACUCGACUUUGGUCUUGCUGAGGACGUUCUUUCGUUGCCUCCUCCCGCUCUUCCUUUGGGCACUGCUGCUUCUUCUGUUGCUUCCUCCCUUUCUCCUGUUUUUUCUGCUGUUCCGGCAGCCUCUGAGGAGUUGGUUGUUGCUUCCUCUCUGUCCCUGUUUGUUGCGGCUCCUGUCUUUUCGGAGGUCACCGUUGCUUCCUCCUCUUCUUCGGUCCUGUGCGGUACCCCUGUUGCUUCGGCUACUCCUGUUGUGUCUUCUCCUUCGCCUGUGCUUUCUGCUUCUCCUUUGCUCGCCGUUGGGGCUCCGAUUAUCUCUGAUCCCCCUGUCCGUCGAACUCGCGUCGCUGACCUCAUUGGUCCAUAUACGGACUUGCGGGAUCAGGGAUCCAAGGACCCCUUCGCCAUACUAGGUGACAUUUUACUGAUUAGUCUUAUAACUGUUUUUAGAGGUACCCAAAGAUAUCGUGUGGUUAUUGGUACAUAUUUUAAUAGGGAUUUAUUUGAGCAUUUAACCGCAGCCGUAAAUGAUUCUUUGAAAUGGAAAGAUGUCUAG